UGUGACGGAGAGAACGAUUGCGGAGACAAUUCCGAUGAAGACUAUAAUAACUGCAAGAACUUUGAUUGUCCGGACGACUGGUUCCGGUGCGGAGACAACAGAUGUAUUCCAAUGAAUACCGUAUGCAAUGGUGUCAUCGAUUGUAAGGAUGGUUUGGCGUCCGAUGAGCGCCACCCAAAUCCCUGUCCACGAAAUGUCACGUGUCCUCAAGACUUCUUCAGCUGCGACGAGACAAAUAUCUGUGCGCACCCGCAUUGGUUAUGCGACGGAAGCGAUGAUUGCGGCGACAAAUCAGAUGAAAAUCCGGAAAGGUGUGCCGCACAGGUAUGUCCGGAGGGUUGGUUCCGGUGCUCUAAUAACCGGUGUAUUCCUCCCAAUUGGCGCUGCGAUGGAGGCGUUGACUGCCGUAACGGCGAAGACGAGUCUAAUUGUGAUAACUAUCAGUCAUUCGUAGAGAAUAAUACGACCACAUCUCAGAUCGUACCGGCGCUCACAGCGCCUACCAGUCCUUUAACUAAUAAAACAGUUCACAAGUCAUUGCAACGGACCUCUCAGUCCGCACAACAAUCAGCAAAAGCAACCCAAACUAUGCUCGAACCGCCCACUUCUGGCGCCUCCUCACUGUACCCCCGCCACAGAUAG